AUGCCCAAAAUGACACCAGAUUACGAAGUCAGGUUGCAGCUCGACCCUGCAAGAGUGCUCAACUCCGAGCACGAGCUAGUGUCGGCCGUAUUAGAGAGCCUCAAAGUGUCCGCGAAUCCUUUGCAAAUGAAUGUACAGUUUCUCGACAACUGUUCCAAGGAUAUUUACGAUGCCGGGUGGUGUGUGCGAAUCCGCAAAGUGGAGGGCAAAUCUCAUCACGAGCUCACGUACAAAAAACGAUACGACAUUAACGACGGCAACAUUGACGAGGUGCUCAAUCGAGCUGAGAAAGAUGGGUUUGGUUCAAAAUAUGAAGCACAAGUCGAAUGGGGUUAUACCAAGCAGACGCUCUCCAUUAGCCGGGAGAAGAAGGUUUCAUAUUCUGGCAAAACCAAGCUGGAGCUCCCGGGACUGAACGAAUCUCGCAAAAUGGCAAUUAAGGAAGAGCCUGACAAGUUCGAUGAUUGGGGGCCCGGCCAUGAUUGGGGCACGAAAAUUUUGGCAAAGGCGAGAGUUUUUGGUCCAGUUCUCGCCAAGCGCUGGAUCGGCAAGUGGAAUGAUGUGCAAGUGUAUAUCGAGGUUUGGCCGAUACCCAAUGCUGAAGGGACGGGAACCGAAUACAUAGUCGAAGCGUCUUUCAAGACAGACAGCCAUAAAACGGCCUCGACCGAGCGCAACAAUCUCACCAGCCAAUUGCAAGCUCAAGGUUGGGCUCUUGCUGAGGACUCUCUAAAGACAAAGCUUAUUCUGGAGCGCUACCCAUGCCCCAACAUGGCAGCUGAAAAUGGAGACGAGUAG